GUUAUAAAAUAAGAUUUAUAAUAGAUAGAUUAAUAAAAGAUAGAUGAUAUGAUGUUUUUGUUUAUGAAUAAUUAAGACAUGACAGUAAUUAAAGCGUCUAAAAUAUUUAAGAUUUCAAAAUCUAAUAUCAGAAAAUGUAUGUAAUAAUUUGGAAUAAGAUGUGCAAAAGGAAGAGGUAAAGUAAUAAAAAGGUAUUUAUUUAAAUCUAGAAACAAUUAGAAAUAUAAAGAAAAUAAAUUAUAAACCUCAAGAGAUUAUUAACAAUAUAAUUAAUAGUAUAAGGUACUAGAAAUAAAAGAACCAGAAUCUAUAAAUAAUGAUUAAAAUCCAAAUUGGAAAAAAGUUGAACUUAAAAUUAUCUUUCCUAAAAUAAGAUAUGGAUAAGUUCAUUAAUAUGAUAGAUAUUUCGUUAGAUUAAAAAAUGAAAUAUAGUUAAAAAAUAUUGUCUGGUUAGAUUUUAGAAAAGGUGAAAAAAUCACUGGAAAAGGAUGCUUUAUAUUCAUUUUGAUUUUAUAUAAUUAAAAUGUGUUUUAAGAUAAUAGUUAAGUUUAAAGCUUUAUGGAAAAAUCACUUCCUGAGGAUUUUUAUGCUGGAAAUUGCUUAAAUAUUAAUAAAAUAAGAGUUUUGGAUUAUAUUGAUGAGUGUAAUUAAUAUAAAGGAAAUAAAAAAGAUAUAAAAGAAUUAAGCUUUUAUAAAAAAAAAUAAUAAAAAUUAAAAAAUUAAAUAUUGCUAGAAAAAAAUGAAUAAAAUAUAGAUUAAUAAGGAAUUAAUAUUAUUUAAAAUAUUCAAGAAAUUUAAAAUAGAAAUAUAUAUAGUGGUUAGGAAAGUUAAAUGAAAAGUAAUUGUUCUAAUGAAAAUGAUAAUUAAUAUUUAUAUUAUAUGGAUAAUUUUUAACCUAAUUUAGAUAAGAGCUGUAG